UUGAGAUUUCCCGGCUGCGCUCGAACGCAUCACCAGUGUGGUUUCUACGGCAACGGCUGACAACACAGAGGACGAUGGUUUACAUCACAGAGGAGAUGGUGCGUGGACGGGCCGAGCACAACGAGUGUGAGAUCUUCUCCCUGGAGGAAGUGUCUCUUCAUCAGCAGGACAUCGAGAGGAUCGAGCACAUCGGCAGGUGGUGCAGAGACCUGAAGAUCCUCUACCUGCAGAACAACCUCAUCCCCAGGAUAGAGAAUCUCGGCCGCCUGAAGAAGCUGGAGUAUUUAAAUCUGGCUCUGAACAACAUUGAAUUCAUCGAAAACCUCGAAGGCUGUGAGAGUCUUCAGAAGUUGGACCUGACUGUGAACUUUGUGGGUCGUCUGAGCAGCGUGGAGUCCCUGCAGUGCAACGUCCACCUGGCCGAGCUGUUCCUGGUGGGGAACCCCUGCACUGAGUUUGAGGGCUACAGGCAGUAUGUGGUGGCAUCUCUACCUCAACUCAAGUUCCUGGACGGGACGCAGAUCAGCCGGUCGGAGCGCAUUCGAGCCUCUCAGGGACUGGAGGAGGUGAAGAGGAGAGUCCGGGAGCAGGAGAGGGAGUACCUGAAGACGAGAGCCAGGGAGAAAGAGGAGGCACGGAGGAAGGCUGCAGGAGAGGAGAAAGGAAACGAGGAGAGGAGACCAGGCAGCGAUGGACGCUGGUACACUGACAUCAACAACACAGGUCCGGCGUUGGAGGAGAACAAGGAGAACCAGGAGGCGGAGGAGAACAUACAAAAGGUGAACUCUGACCUGGAUGAAGAGCAGCGGGAGAGAGAGUUCUGGCACACGCCGUGUUCAUUCACCCCUGAAUCUCGCCUGGAGGCUCACCGCCACCUGGAGGAGAAGAAGAGGGCAAAGGAGAAAGAGAAAGAGAAGAAGCCGAAGGCCCCAAGGACGCUGAUCACCGCUGAUGGACGAGUCAUGAACGUCAACGAGCCGAAACUGGACUUCUCUCUGACUGAAGACGAAGAAAACAACGUGAUAGUCUUAGACCUGGGAGUGUACAGACACAUGGACACCUCUCUGAUGGACGUGGACAUCCAGCCGACGUACGCCAGAGUGAGCGUCAAAGGAAAGAUAUUUCAGAUAGUUCUGCCUGCUGAAGUGAAGCCUGACAGCUCGACGGCUCAGAGGUCCCAGACCACCGGACACCUGGUCCUCAGCAUGCCGCGGGUUGAAGGUGAAAUCAAAGUGACAAAGGCCGUCACUCGUCCACCCAGAAAGUCUCAAACCAGGAACAGCAGCUCGCCUGAGGACAACAAAAGAGACAACAGCGCCCCUCAGAGGCUGGAGGUGGAUCCAAGCAAGAGCACAGCCUUCGACCUCGCCAACAUCGUCACCAAACACCCGAGCACCAGGCAGGGUCCGCUGGAAACCUUCAGGACAGAUCCACCCCCCACCACCGGUCCCAGCAGCUCCUCUGAAGGGUUUGUGGACAACUCCGAUGUCCCCCCACUGAUAUGAGACUGAAAAACAACGCACAC